UGGGCCUAGCCCUAGUCUGAUUCCCAGCUCUGCUAGCUCCUCCCUCAUUGAGUUCCCCUGUUCUCCCAGUCCUCGCUGCCUGGCCACCUCUGUCCUGUCCUAUGGUUCUCACCGUACGUGCCUGCACCUGCUCCUUCCAGUCACCUGUGUUCUCUAAAGACGUCCUCUCAUUCACUCGCGAGCAUGGCAUCCUGCUGCUUCUCUUCAUGGCCUUUAAGGCAACCCAGGAUGAUCCCUUCGCUCAUUUAGCACAUCUUUCCAAUUAGAUGGUAGCGCCAACAGGAACCUCUCUGUCUUGCUCUCAGAAUUACCCACCACACCCAGCCCACUGUACGACCCAUCGUAAUUAUUUACUGAGUAUAUUUAUUGAUGCUGUUUUAUGAAUAGACGUUUAUAAAUGAUUUGCCUUCUCUUUCAAAGGCUCUCCAUGCUCAACACACAGUCUGCACACCGGGCACUUAACUCUAACAUGACUGUCCAGUGUCUUUUAUUGCUUAGAAUAAAUGACAGUGCGAUGCUUGAUGACAGGGAUCAUGUCAUACUGCUGUGACCCCCAUAGUAUCCGCCGUGUGGUUGCUCCAUGUGUCCGUAAUUAGAAAUAAAGUCUUAUCCCUUGUGCUCGAACAUUCAUGUGUCCAAAGAUACGAAAGUUUUCUGCUUAUGGGAUUAAAAAAAAUUCAGUGUUGGCCUCAAAGAGGAAGUCUGCCCUCAAGUUUAGUUGAUUGACAGUGGCAGCAAUUAUUUCGUCAUUUCUAAAAACUAAGACUAGCCACGGAAGCAAAAGUUCAGUUUUAGACGGGGCAUUUCGUGACUGGACUUUUCCUUUCCAGGCUUUCUCAGAGAUUCCUUCUUUAUUUCGGGGGAAGACAGAAUGGGAGGAGGUGCAUCCAAAGAGGAUACCAGCACUGGCAAACAAAUCCACACCACAGCAGCUCCAAAAAGUACCUCUGCACCCUGCCCUUCCGACAAAGAACUUCAUCUGGCCUUAGCCUUUCUUGCUGGAAGUCUACUGACAUUGCUGCUGAUGGCCCUUGUCUUCCUCAUCGCAAAGAGCUACAGAAAAUAUCACUCAAGUCCCCGAGCUCUGGAUCCUAACUCAGAUUCUCUUGCCAAGCUGCAAUCCACCCAGGAGGCACUCAGAACCUCAAAAGGAAAGAGAGACGACUUGAUUGCAAAUCCUUCUUCAGACUCGAACUCCGUUGUCUAUGCUCAGAUUAAAGGGGCAAACUUUCCCUGAGUUUCCAAUGAGGCUUGAAUCCGGUUCCUCUCACGCCAGCUGCAUCUUCUACAUGGCUUUUUCUUGGUAGAUGUGCACCGCAGUCUGGGUGAGACUGCAGAUGGAGUUGUUUGGGUGUGAUCUGGCAACCUGAGCCGUCAGUUUUGUGACCAGGGUCAGUCUUUUUCCUGGAUCUCCCACCUGGACUAACAAAACAAAGGCCCCUGAGGGCCGAGACUGCCUCUCUGUGUCCUCUUCCACAGUGUGUGCUACAGGCUCAGUGCACCAAGAGUGCUCACUCAGUGUCAUCGAUCAACGUGGGAAGAGGCAACCAAUCUAACAAUCUAUCAAGAAUUACAAAUAAAAGCAAACCCUCUGUGA